AAUUUAGAAGUAUUUUAAAUUUCUCAAAUCUCCAGUUAUAGUGGUGUUGGUGUUGAGGUUAGUCAUGACUUUAGCAAGAUCUGCAUUGUGCCUCAUAAAUUAUUCCAGAUCUUCAAGAUGUUUGGCGAAUAUAAGACAAAUAUCCAGUUCUUCUACAAAUUUAACUUUGACUAAAUUAACAUCUGAACUAUAUGACGUUAAAAGAGGACCUUAUGGAUUAGUAUCAGAUAAAGACAUCAGAAUAUUUGAAAGUAUAUUAGGUGAACAACGUGUUAUUACAGAUGAAAAUGUAAUUGAAUCAUAUAAUGUGGAUUGGUUGAACACUGUUCGUGGACAGAGUAAGGUUUUGUUGAAGCCCAAAACAACUGAAGAAGUUUCAAAAAUUCUCAUGCACUGUAAUGAACAAAAUUUAGCUGUUUGUCCACAGAGUGGGAACACUGGAUUAGUUGGAGGAAGUGUUCCUGUUUUUGAUGAAAUUAUUCUUUCUAUGCAACUGAUGAAUGAGAUUACAUCAAUUGAUCCUUUGACAGGUAUAUUGCAAUGCCAAUCUGGUUGUAUUUUGGAAAAUUUGAACACAGCUCUCGCUUCUCAUAAUUUGACAAUGCCUUUGGACCUGGGAGCGAAGGGUAGUUGUCUAAUAGGUGGAAAUCUGUCUACAAACGCUGCAGGAAUCAGAUUUUUAAGAUAUGGUUCGCUCAGAGGAUCAGUCCUAGGUAUUGAAGCAGUUUUGGCUGAUGGUAGAGUCAUGGAUUUCUCAAGUACUAUCAGGAAAGAUAACACUGGUUACGAUCUCAAACAGCUAUUUAUAGGAUCAGAGGGAACGUUGGGUGUUAUAACUGGUGUAUCUAUACUUGCGCCUGUCAAACCUUCCUGUGUUAAUGUCGCUUUUUUCGGUGCAGACACAUUCGAGGACCUUCUUUCUCUGUUAAAAUUAGCCAAAACAUCUCUAGGCGAGAUUUUGUCCGCGAUUGAAUUUCUCGAUUCAUCAUGCAUGAAAGAAGUGGGAGAACAACUAGGAAUGCCAAAUCCAAUAUCUGAACAUCCAUUUUAUUUUUUGGUUGAAACAUCAGGUUCUAAUGCUGCACAUGACGGAGACAAAUUGGAUUUAUUUGUUGAAAAUUGUCUGGAAUCGAAUUUUGCAAAAGAUGGAACUCUUGCAACAGAUUUAUCAAAAAUUCAGUCAAUAUGGAAUCUCAGGGAAAAUAUUGCUGAAGCUCUCAAAUGCAAAGGUUAUACAUACAAAUAUGAUAUAUCAUUGCCUACAAUAAAAAUGUACGAUAUUGUAAAUAUCAUGCGUAAAAGGAUGGGAGAUGAUUGUACAGUAUAUGGAUAUGGACAUCUUGGUGAUGGAAAUCUCCACCUGAAUGUUGUUUCUAAGGAAUAUGAUGCCAAUAUUUUAGCACAGAUUGAACCUUUUGUAUAUGACUAUACUGCCAGUUUGAAAGGAAGUAUAAGUGCGGAGCAUGGCUUGGGAUUCAAGAAAAAGAAAUAUAUAGGUUUGAACAAAUCACCCGAGGCAAUUUCUAUGAUGAAAAAUAUCAAACAAUUGCUCGACCCCAAAGGAAUUUUAAAUCCAUACACAACAUUACCUUCCUGACCCUUCUAGUUUUAAAAUUGAAUUUUUAGCGAAUCUAUACAAUAGUUUUAAUUCUUUAUUUUUAUAUCCUGCUGUUUCUGCUCAAAUACCACCUUUAGGUUUGGUUCAUGCCUUAUUAUUACCUUGAAAAAUCAACGAAUUCAAUUCUGCUUCUUUCUUUAUUACAUAUCAUGUAAAUUUUGUUCAUUUUUUAUUAUUUUGCACUUUCUGAGCUUAACAAAUAAACCAUGUGAAUGA